AUGUCGGACGCUUUGAUCAAUGGCCUGGCCGGAGCUGGCGGCGGAAUCAUCGCCCAGCUCAUCACAUAUCCUCUUCAAACUGUUAAUACUCGUCAACAAACAGAACGUGGAUUGAAGAAGGAAAAGAGCAAGCUCGGAACUAUUGAACAAAUGCUUCAGGUUAUAAAACAUGAAGGAUGGGAACGGUUGUACGGAGGUUUGGCGCCAUCAUUAGCGGGCACAGCAGCAUCUCAGGGUGUUUACUAUUAUUUCUAUCAAAUAUUCAGGAACAAGGCUGAAGCUGCUGCACUUGAACGUAGGAAGAUAGGGGUUGGUGAUGGAUCUGUUGGAAUGCUAUCUUCACUAGUGGUUGCUGCGUUAUCUGGGUGUGUGAAUGUGCUGUUCACAAAUCCUAUAUGGGUAGUUGUUACACGCAUGCAGAAGUCCGAGCCUGGUCCGGAGCUAUUAACUGCUCAAGAUGAAGCAGUCCUUGCUGCAGCUGAGCCUCCUCCCUUUGGGACAACUCACGCGAUCCAGGAAGUUUAUGAUGAAGCUGGAGUUUUGGGUUUCUGGAGAGGUGUAUUCCCGACAUUGAUCAUGGUGAGUAAUCCUUCCAUACAAUUUAUGCUGUAUGAAACUAUGUUGAAGAAGCUGAAGCAAAGACGUGCUUUGAGUAAGAAGGAUAACAGUGGGGUUACUGCUUUAGAGAUAUUUCUUCUUGGUGCUUUGGCGAAACUUGGGGCUACGGUCGUGACUUAUCCUCUUUUAGUUGUGAAGUCGCGGCUUCAAGCAAAACAGGUUACAACUGGUGACAAAAGGCAUCAUUAUAAAGGCACGUCAGACGCUAUACUAAAGAUGAUUCGCUAUGAAGGAUUAUAUGGGUUUUACAAAGGGAUGGGAACAAAAAUAGUACAAAGUGUACUUGCGGCUGCUGUUCUGUUCAUGAUUAAGGAAGAGCUUGUUAGGGGUGCUCGGUUCUUGCUCACUAACAAAGUGAAAUCAAAGCCUCCAUAG